UUGUGCUUCCAAACCAAAGCAGCGCAGCCCACUAGCAGAGCUUCCUCACUCUCAAGUAAACUAAAAUGCAUCCUCUCUCUCUCUUCCUCCUCUUCUUCUUGGCUUCAUCUUUCAAUGUGAUUGGGAUUAUGGGUGGGGAGGAUUCCGGCGAGUUGUCGAAUCCCUUCACGCCCAAAGCUUACCUGAUUCGUUACUGGAAGAAGCAGAUUUCGAAUGACUUGGCGAAGCCGUGGUUUCUGCUAAACAAGGCGUCGCCGUUGAACGCCGCCCAGUACGCCGGAUAUUCGAAGAUGGCGGCGGACGGGGGGGAGUCGCUGUCGACGCAGCUCCCCGGGUUUUGCUCGUCGGCGAAUCUGCUCUGCUUCCCGGAUUUGUCCCCCAGCCUCGAGAAGCACGCCGGGAACGUCAAUUUCGCGUCCUAUUCUUUCAAGAAUUUCACCAAUUACGGCACCGACCGUGCCGGAGGGGUCGAUUCGUUCAAGAAUUACACGGAUAACGAGAAUAUUCCGGUCGACUCGUUCCGCCGAUACAGCCGCGACUCGGUCGGACACGAGGAUAGGUUUUCCAAUUAUGCCCCCAACGGCAACGUGGUUGACCAGAGCUUCAACACCUACGGCACGAGCUCCACCGGCGGCAAAGGCAAGUUCUCUAACUAUGGGCCUGAAGUCAAUGUCCCAGAUAUGCGAUUCACCUCCUAUUCCGACGCCGCCAACGGCCGGGAGCAGGGAUUCGCGUCGUAUUCCGACAAUGCCAACGCCGGCGACCAAGGGUUCACGAGCUACGGCAAAAACGGCAAUGGAGCUACCAAUGGGUUCAGCGGCUAUGGAAGCAACUCAAAUGUGAUAGGCUCAACGUUCUCCAACUACGGCCAGACGGCGAACGGAGCCAAUGACACCUUUUCCUCCUACGGCUUCAACGGCAAUGUCCCGGAGAACAACUUCAGGACUUACGGCACCGGCGGCAACGCCGCCGUCGAGACGUUCAAGGGCUACAGGGAUCAAUCCAAUGUGGGAGACGAUUCUUUCCAGUCCUACGGCAAGAGUUCCAGCGCCGCCGUCGCUAAUUUCCAAAAUUACGGCAAAUCUUUCAACGAAGGGACCGAUAAAUUCACAGGGUACAGUGGGAACGAGAAAACCACCUUCACCGGCUACGGCGUGAAUAACACCUUCAAGGACUACGCCAAAACCGGGGUCUCCUUCUCCAACUACAUAAACGAGAGCUCGGCGGUGGCGGCGUCGCUCGCGGCGGAGGCAAAGGCCAGGGGCGAAAAGGUAAAAAACCGGUGGGUGGAGCCGGGAAAGUUCUUCCGUGAGAAGAUGUUGAAGAGUGGGACCAUUAUGCCAAUGCCGGACAUUAAGGAUAGGAUGCCCAAAAGGUCGUUUUUGCCCCGCGUGAUCGCCUCCAAGCUGCCCUUCUCCACCUCCAAGAUCGGCGCGCUGAAGCAGCUGUUCCACGCCGCCGACGACUCCACCAUGGCUAAGAUGCUAGCCGACGCGCUGAGCGAGUGUGAACGCGCCCCGAGCCGCGGCGAGACCAAGCGGUGCGUCACCUCCGUGGAGGACAUGAUCGACUUCGCCACCAGCGUCCUCGGCCGAAACGUCGUCGUUCGCACCACGGAGAACACCGAGGGGUCAACGAAGGACAUCAUGAUCGGAUCGAUCAAAGGAAUCAACGGUGGGAAAGUCACCAAGUCGGUGUCUUGUCACCAAAGCCUGUUCCCGUACCUAGUGUAUUACUGCCAUUCGGUCCCCAAAGUCCGGGUCUACGAGGCGGAUCUUUUGGACCCGAAAUCCAAAUCCAAAAUCAACCACGGCGUCGCCAUCUGUCAUAUUGACACCUCGUCCUGGAGCUCCACCCACGGAGCCUUCAUCGCACUCGGGUCGGGUCCGGGCAAAAUCGAGGUGUGCCAUUGGAUCUUCGAAAACGAUAUGACUUGGGCAGUUGCUGAUUAAUUAAACUCCAACCCGCCACCCAUCCAUGCCCCGUUUUUCUUAAUUCGGGUCGACCCAGGCGCGUUUACAAAAAAGAUUAACCACUGGUUUGACCUAUUUGUCCUCCUCAUAAACUCAUCCAAUUUACCCUUUUCCAAGUUACAUUUGUAAUGUUAAUCAAUUAAUGCUUUGCCUAUUAUUUCUACAUAUUAAUAUAUAAUAUAUAUAAAUAGUAAUAUAUGAUUAUGCCACAA